AGUGGUUGUUGUGGUUACCUAGCUGCUGAGGCUACAACAGCAUAUCAACUUGUGUGUUUACUUACGACUACUUUCAACGUUUAGUCAGAAAGAACUGUGAAGCGGUGUUGUGGAGAUGGAGGUGUCAGGCUACCAGUCCAAGCUGCUGUGUGAGCUCAAUGUGCAGCGGAAGAGAGACUUCUUCUGUGACUGCAGUAUAGUCGUUGAGGGGCGGGUCUUCAAGGCCCAUCGCAACGUCCUAUUCGCCGGCAGCGGCUACUUCCGCGCCCUAUUGGUCCACUACCUACAGGACAGCGGUCAGCACCACAGCACGGCCUCUCUGGACAUCGUGACGGCCGAGGCCUUCUCCUCCAUCCUGGACUUCCUGUACUCGGGCCGACUGGACCUGCGCAGCGAGAACGUCAUCGAGGUGAUGUCAGCGGCCAGCUACCUCCAGAUGACUGACGUGGUCUCCUUCUGUAAAGGCUACAUCCGCUCCUCUCUGGAGAUCUACAAUAGGGAUAAUGAGGGGGAGAGAGAGAGAGAGGGGGAGAGAGAAAGAGAGAGGGAGAGAGACAAAGGGAGGGAACGGGAAAAAGAGAGGGAGAGAGAAAGAGAGAGGGAGAGAGACAAAGGGAGGGAACGGGAAAAAGAGAGGAAGAGAGAAAAAGAGAGGGAGAGAGAGGGUCCGGCUGACAGUGGAACCCCAGCCUUGCCACCUCCCUCUUCCAGUGCCUCUGUAGCUGUAACUGUUCCUCCGUUGUCACUAGAGGGAGAUGGAGUUACUAAUGUAAAUUCAGAGCCCUCCCCAUCCACUGUCACAGACCCGCCAUCCUCAGCAGCCCUCCCCAGUGUCCCCACGCCCUCCGGCCCUAGCAGGGACUCGGAGAGCGACGACUGCAGCUCCAGAGGGGAGUUCCCAUCUCAUACUAUCGGGGGCCGGACCCCCCACGGACACAGGGACCACCCGACGAACCCCCUUUCCUCCUCGACCUCUGGGUUGACCUUAGAACUGGUGCUCCCCAAGAUCGAGUACGACCCCGAUGACGAGCCCGAGGAGGGGUCCCCCGAUACCAAAGACCUGCCAUUGUUUAUGGGACCCCCCCUCCACACCCACCACGCAGACCACCUCCAUGACAGGCUGGCGUCCCCCAGCCCUUCCCCCAGCAGCGAGCGCUCCUCCCUGGGCUUCGGGGGCUGCCACGCCAGGCAGUUCGUGGAUGUGCUGUUGAGAGGUGGCUCCAGCCCCCAGAGGGACAGAGGGGAGCAGGGCCUGAUGUUUGCCCAGGGAAUGGGCCUCUGGGGUGGGGGAGGCAGGGUGGAUGAGGGCCUGGGGAUGGGUGGUUCCUCCAUAAUGGAGAUACAGAGCGACUGGUACGGAGAGGACACAGGAGAUGGCUUGGUGGUGCCGGUGAAGCUCCAUAAGUGUCCGUUCUGCCCGUACACUGCCAAGCAGAAGGGCAUCCUGAAGAGACACAUCCGCUGUCACACUGGAGAGAGACCCUUCCCCUGUGAGACAUGUGGCAAGAGGUUCACACGCCAGGAGCACCUCCGCAGCCACUCACUCAGCGUGCACCGCUCCAGUUGGCCCGUGGUAUGUAAGGGGUGCAGGUGUAGCUUCACUGGAGCCCUGUCCAACGGACUCAAACGCUUUGGCCUGUGUGACAACUGUACCUGUGUUAAUACCACGGGCCACGACGACCACUCACCUCCCGCCCACAUCAACCUCAACGGCCAACCAGAGGCCAUGGAACGCGGGGACGGAGACAGUGAUUGGCCCAGGUUCAUGGAUGAUGCUGAUGACAUGGAGGCAGGGGGAGGGAUCGUAGAGGAACUGGGGGAGAAGGGGGAACUAUACAGACGACUGUCAGAGAUCCCAUCCACAGUGGACAUGAAGGAGAGGAGACAAGGAAAGGAAGAAUUGAACUUUCAGACACAGUUUUAAUCCCAUCUUGCCGUCUACCUCCCCCAGUGGUUUAAUAGGGGAACAAUCCAUGUCUGAGACAGAUGUCCAUGUUAACUUUGUAUUGGCUACUAUUUUGGACCAAAAUAACUAUGGUACAGAAUUGCAUGACCGUAAGAGGACUGGGUUUUCCCUAGGAGAAAGACAUCUCUUCUAGUUGACUUGGUCAUGGUGGCACAAUGCACCAGGUGAUGUUAUACCACAGCAGUUUGUUCUCCACGGAAACAGCAGACAUCUUGUCCUCAACAGCCCUCAUCAACUCAAAGGAGAUGUGUCGCGCUGCAUGGUGGUCACUCUAGAUACUGACUGGUUUUCUGAUCCACGCCCCUACCUU